AGUAAUUUCUAUUGCGCAGCUUUUGUCGAAAAGUUGGAAAGAUGACGAAGAGGACGAGGAUCUGCGAUCUUCCACCAAAAUUGCUAGGGGAGAAGAUACUCACGAGGGUUCCGAUAACAUCUCUGCGAGCUGUGAGAUCCACUUGCAAAUUGUGGAACGCUUUAUCCAAAGAUUGGGUUUUGGGUAAAGCUUUAGCGCCAAGGCAGCAGUAUUUAGGGUUUUUGACGAUGGAUUCAAAGGUUUGUUCAACUAGAUUCCAUAUCUGCCGCAGCAGCAAGGACAAAGACGAAGAAGAAGACUUGGUUGAUCUAUCUAUAAAGCAGGUAGAUUUGCUUAAUCAAGUCGAGAUAUCUAAAGUGUAUCACUGCGACGGCUUAUUGUUAUGUGUGGCUAAGGACAAGUCGAGGCUCAUGGUAUGGAACCCUUAUUUGGGGCAAACAAGGUGGAUAGCACCAACAACAUAUUUCCACAGACUAGACAUGUAUGCUCUCGGAUAUGACAAGAACAACCGUAACCACAAAAUCUUGAGGUUUGUAGAUUAUUCCACAGAACGCCUUGUCAUGUACGAAAUAUACGACUUGAGCUCUAAUUCAUGGAGGGUUCUCGACGUCACUCCCGACUGGGAUAUAGAUCCUUGUCAAGGUGGUGUGUCUGUGAAGGGAGACACCUACUUUUAUGCUCAUGAGUCAAUAGGACCUGGCUUUUCUGGUGGAGAGUACCUGGGAAAUGGAGAUUUAUUGAUCGAUGACAAUGAGAUUCAAGAUUUCUUGCUCUGUUUUGAUUUUACAAGAGAGACAUUCGGACCUCGUCUACCUCUUCCAUUUCACUCUUGCGGUACACUAAACACUGUGACCCUCUCAUGUGUUAGAGACGAGCAGCUCGCUGUGCUAUAUCAGGAGGGUUGUCAUGAUAGUCAAUGUAACAUAGUUCCUAUUUGGGUUACAACUAGGAUUGACCCCAACUAUGUCUCCUGGAGCAAGUUUUUGAAUUUGGAAAUGAGACCAUUCGCACGCACUGGUGUUCGCUUUGACUAUCAUUCGGGUGGAACCUUCUUCAUUGACGAGGAAGAGAAAGUAGCUGUGGUGUUCGACAUAGACGGAUACCUACCCUCCCUUACCGAGAAAGUUCGUUACCACACAGCUUUUAUCAUUGGAGAAGAGGGAUACUUCAAAUCUGUGAGUCUCGGAGUAGCUCCCAAAGUCGCUGAACCUAGCAGGUCUGGGUAUGUCCCAGAGAUUUAUUGUCCCCCGUGUGUGUGCUCUUCUUCUUAUCUUCCGAGUUUAGUGCAACUCAACCAACAGCGCAAAAGUUAUGUUUAGGUUUUGUUUCUUGCUUUUG